UCUGGAUCUGCUGCAGUCCGGGGGAUCCGGGUCCGGUUGGGGGUCCGGUGGUUUGGAUGUUGGAUCAAGGAGAGAGGAGCAGCAGGACCUCCUGCUGAGCCGGAGGCAUGAUGCUGCUGGCGGCUCUGAGCUCAGGUUUGGGCCCCAGCGAGGGCCCCACCAGGCAGUGCCAAUACUACAACAUGAACUACGAGGCGGAGAAGACCAACAGAAGCGGCGUGGAGGCGUGUGAGGGCGAGGAGGACAAACGCUCACAUUGCUACGCCUCCUGGAGAAACCAAUCAGGAUCCAUGGAGCUGCUGAGGAAAGGAUGCUGGUUGGACGACUUCAACUGCUACGACCGGCUGGACUGCGUGGCGACCGAGGAAAGUCCCCAGGUUUUCUUCUGCUGCUGUGAAGGAAACUUCUGCAAUCAGAACUUCACCCACCUGCCUGACCUCAGCAGCCCAGUGAUGGAGGCUCCGCCCACCAGGGCGCUGGACGUCCUGAUCUACUGCCUGGUGUCGGCCGCCAUGCUGUCCGUGGUUCUACUCCUCGCCGUCUGGAUGUACCGACGCCGGAAGCCUCUGUAUGGAAACGUGGAGGAUCCCGGUCCUGUUCCCGCCUCCCCCCUGCUGGGGCUGAAGCCCCUGCAGCUGCUGGAGCUGAAAGCUAGGGGGCGCUUUGGCUGCGUGUGGAAGGGCCAGAUCCUGAAUGAAUACGUGGCUGUGAAGAUCUUCGCCAGCCAGAACCAGGAGUCGUGGCAGAACGAGAGAGACGUGUUCCUGACGCCGGGGAUGAGGCACCACAACAUCCUGAGGUUCAUCGCGGCCGAGAGACGAGGGAGUCUCCCAGAGAGCGAACUGUGGCUCAUCAGCGAGUUCCACGAGAGGGGCUCCCUGUCGGACUUCCUGAAGGUGAACACGGUCAGCUGGACCGAGCUGUGCCACAUCGCCGAGUCCAUGGCCCGCGGCCUGGCCUACCUCCACGAGGACAUCCCCCACCUGAGAGGAGACCGCCACAAACCGGCCGUGGCUCACAGGGACUUUAAGAGCAAGAACGUCCUCCUGCGCUCAGACCUCACCGCCGUCAUCGCCGACUUCGGCCUGGCCGUCCUCUUCAAGCCGGGGCAGCCGCCUGGAGAGACGCACGGACAGGUGGGCACCAGACGCUACAUGGCUCCGGAGGUCCUGGAGGGAGCCAUCAACUUCCAGAGAGACGCCUUCCUCCGGAUCGACAUGUACGCCGUGGGACUGGUGCUGUGGGAGGCGGUGAGCCGCUGCAGCGCCGCCGACGGUCCGCUGGGUCAGUACCUGCUGCCGUUUGAGGAGGAAGUGGGUCAGCACCCGACCCUGGAGGACCUGCAGGAGGUCGUGGUCCACAAGAAGACGAGGCCGGCCAUCAAGGAGUUCUGGCUCAAGCACAGUGGUCUGGCCCAGGUCUGUGUGACAGCAGAGGAAUGCUGGGAUCAGGACGCCGAGGCUCGUCUGUCUGCCAGCUGCGUUGAGGAGAGAAUCUCCCAGAUCCGCCGCCACGCCGCCGGCCUGGCUCCGCCCACUUCUGGCACCGUCCCCACCGUUACCGUGGUAACCAACCACCUGCCUGAAGAGUCCGGUAGCUGAGGAGAACCUGCGGUCCCUCAGCUAUGCUGCCCCCUGCUGGACACCGGAGCUGCUGGGAAACGCAGAGACCUUCCCACCAGAUGGAGGCGCUGUCGCUCCCCGGACUCCUUUUGGUUUUAGCAGGUUACAUGACCUCUUCCUGACCUUCGGAUCUGACUAGUUGAAUCCUGAAAAUUCAGAAAGAGGAAGUGAGGUCAGAAGGAAAGCACAGAUUGUGAUUGGUUGACUGAGCUCAGCCAAUCAGAGCACAGAGAUAAAAUUCCUCAGGUAACCUGGAUGACAGGGGUCAGUUAGGGGCGGGGCUUCGAAACGUGUGUGUGUGUUUAGCAUUGUUUACAUGUUAGCUUCUCCACACAAGAUAAAAACCUAAUUUUAGGGUCAGAGGUUACGGUUAGGUAUGUACUGCAGAUGGUUAGAGAUAGGACAAAGGUCAGGGGUCAGCCUAUAGAAACUAAUGAGGUAUGGUGGUAUAGCAAUGUGUAACAUCACAUUUUAUUUAUUAAUCUUAGUUAUAGGCCUGAGACCUUUGACCUCCAGCAGCACCACCCUGUGGCUGGUGGUUCCAGCAGAAAUCAGCAGCAGUUUGAGGGAAUAACCGAACCGACGCUCCAACAGGAAGGAUUUAUCCUGGCUCCUUUGACUAGGACAGAGGCUGCUGCUGUUUCAUGCCUGACUGCUAAUCAGAGCCUGCAGCGCCACCUGCUGGUCUCCCUGUUUAACUGGGACUAAACCCGACCUGUGUCCCUUCUGGGACGCCGUCCAGGACAGGAAGCUCCAGGAUUCCUUCCUGCUGCUGGAAGCCAAGUUUGGACCUUCCUGGUUCCUGCAGAGCUUGAAGCAAACGCAGCAGGAAAUCCUGGUUCUGUUCAGUUUCUGCAGAUUCCUUCAGGUCCGGGAUGGUUCUGCUCACAGAACCAGCAGCUGGCAAAAACAAGGAAAACAUCCGUUCACAUCAGUCUGGUUCUGUAGGGAAAUAAUAAAUCAUGUCUCAUCAUUUUC